AUGGGAUUCAUAAUAAUGUUUGGUGUUGUUGUUACAUUGAGUGUUAUGCUAAGAGAAGCAAAUGCUGUAAAGUGUUUUACUUGCGACCGGAUGGCUUAUCCAAGAGACUGUCCCUUCAUUGCCGAAUGUGGUCCACAUGAGGAAUGUUAUUUACGAAAAUACGAAACAGUGGAUGGACAUGCAUUUUUCUCUUCUGGUUGUCGAGAUAGACUUAUGUGUAGUGCACCUGGGAGACGUGACGUGAUGUCGGAUGUAGUGGAACGUUCUAAUUUUGGACAGGAAGUCCUGGUCUGUCAAGAAUGCUGCGACACAGAUCACUGCAACUAUGGUGGAUGUGGCGAACCGGGUUUCCCUCCACGUGGCUCUAGAGGACCAAUAUGUUACAACUGUAAACAACAACAAACAGAUUCAUCCUGUAAUGAGGUAGCUGUUUGUGGACGAGACCAGGCUUGUUUUGUCCAGGUCGCCUACGAUGUUAUUUACGAUCAUGUGUAUAACAGCUACUGCGGUACAGUUGAUCUUUGCCAGAGAAUUACCAUGGUCGGAAGAAAGCGAGCUUUACCUGUUCAUUGUUGUACGGACGAUUUAUGUAUUUCCGGUUUUAAUUCUACUCACAUACAAACAAAAGCUCCUGCUGCAUCAACGGUUGCUACUCCGGCAGCAACACCAGCAGCAACAGUUGCCCCGGUAACCACUGCUGCUCCACCACCGACUAAUGCCACUGUUCUCCGCUGUCCGCCCAUUACAUCACAGUUCCGGAACUCGUGUUAUUAUUUCUCUACCGAAGUAAAAUAUUGGAGCCAAGGUCAACAAAUCUGUAUUGCAAGGGGAGGUAAUCUUGCUUCUAUCGACGACAAGGACGAAAACGACUUUAUAGUGAGCAAGCUUAAACAGAUGAUAGCUAAUGGUGAAAUACCAUCUACAAUAUGGGGAUACUAUUUUGGGGCACAUAUUGUGAACGGUCAUUGGGUUAAGCCUGACGGGACUAGCCUGACCUUCACCAACUGGGGACCGGGUGAGCCUGACCUACCUAUCUCCCAGCAUUAUGGACUCAUAUUCCUUCCUGGACAAUAUGUGGGCAAUUACUUAUGGGGCAGUAACGCUGAUAUCGAUGGUGUUGAACGUUAUAUAUGUGAAAUCAAGCUGCACUAA